AAAAAUAGAGGAAUGGGCAGAAAAAGGAAAAAAAAACCUUCGGCAAACCUGAAAAUGCCUCGGUGACGUCCUUCUAUUCUCCUAGCUUGCCAGCUAACCCUGUAGCCAGCUUGCUAGUCAAGCUAAUAUAAUGAUCGCUGACCGCCGAGUUUCCCUCGGAGGGGAGCUCUAUAGUUUGCGGUUUAGCCUUAACGGAAGUUGUGCGCAUAGCUUGCCCCCAUCUCCCACCACCGAUAAGUGUUGCAUCGUUUUCCAAGAAGAGGCCACUCGGGAGAGCGAGAGUCGCCGUCUUGCCUUACCAACUAAAGUUGGAUCGUGAAGGCCUCGGCGGCGCCAUUUUGAAUCCAGCACCUUAGAUUAUAGCUAGUCCUCCACGGGCAGUAAGAGUCGCUUUCCCCCCCGACUGUCAGGUCGAUGACGGUGAGAGGAAGUCACUUCAUCGAGAAAAUUCACCCUCAAAUGAUUUUUUUGCCCCCCACCACUGUUGGAGCAUAGUUUUUGUCCAUGUCCCGGUGCGGCGUCCUGGUGGCCUUUUGUUCGGGAGUGGCUGGCGGGUUUCACAACAAGGCCCGUGUGGUGGCUUUUCGACCAGUGUGGCGGUUGCUCUUGGAUGGAUCAGUGGACUUCAAACCCCCUGAUGGUGUUCAUGUGAGGCAAAUCUUCGCUCCUUUAGUGUAUGAAUAUCUAGACGAGCACAACAAAACCCCAAUCAAAAUGGCGUGGCCUCAAAAUGGACGCUUAGAUAAUCCGCUCUCGAAGAGAGGGGGCAGCCGGCCAUUUUCUAUUUGUUUUUGUUUUUUCUUCUGGCCAAUCCCCAUUUUCUUAUGGACAAUUCCCCUUCACGAACGCCAGUUUCGUGGCUUGGUAAAGAACUCUUGGGAGAACCAGGAAACACGGUGCAACGCUGGAGGCAACGCUGCUUCAGAUGGCGACCCCCCUCCCCCCUGUGUACCCGAGGAUCGUAUCAGGAGAGCCUUUGGUGGAGGCGCAGAUGGCAAGAGUACAGUGGGCAAUUUGGCCUAAACAGCUUCCAGAUAAGUGGCAGCACGACAUGUUCGACAACGGCUUCAGCGGCUUCAACGCUGCUGGGGGUGGCGGAGGAGCUGGCGUGGAAACUGGAGGGAAGCUCCUCGUCUCCAAUCUCGACUUUGGCGUCUCGGAUGCAGACAUUCAGGAACUUUUUGCUGAAUUUGGGACCCUGAAAAAGGCUGCUGUUCAUUAUGACCGAUCAGGAAGAAGCCUGGGAACUGCAGAUGUCCACUUUGAAAGGAGAGCAGACGCGCUCAAGGCCAUGAAACAGUACAACGGCAUCCCCCUCGAUGGGCGGCCUAUGAGCAUACAGCUUGUCACAUCACAGAUUGACACACAGAGGAGACCUAUGCAGGGUCUAAACAGAGGUGGUGGAGGCAUGAACAGAAAUCGUGGGGGCGGCUUCAGGGGCGGCAUGCAGAGAGGUCGAGGGGGACGUGGUGCGGGCGGCCCAGGAGGAAGGGGGCGAGGUGGCCGUGGCGGUAACAGCAAGCAGCAGUUGUCAGCAGAGGAACUCGACGCUCAGUUAGACGCCUACAAUGCCAGGAUGGACACCACAUAGAGUGGAGGAACCCUGGGUUCUUAUCCCUUCCUGUCUGCACAGAAGGGUGGACGUUAAAAAAUGUGCAGAAUAUUUUACACUUGGUUGUCCUCUGGUGUGAUUGAAAUUGUUGUUCCAACUCCUUUUUAAAUGCUCCGAAGUGUUUUUUACCAGUUAUGUUUUAUUUGUUUUUUUUUCCUCAUGAACAUGGUUUUGACUGUAGGUUGAUGUGAAUUGGGGGUUCCCAGUUCUUUCAUGUACUCUGUAGUUACUGAGACUUGUAAUAAAACCUGCAGUGCAUAUUCACCAAA